CAUUUGCUGCUCUGCCUCAAGGCAGCAAAAUGUCUUUGACCAGUCCUGCUAGCCAUCAUGGAAACAUGCCUUUAGGCAGUAGAUGGCAGUAGGAAACUAUGUAAUCUUUUUGUUUACUCAAUGUUACUCAAUGGAGCACUGGGAACAGGCAGUUGAAGGCGGAAGUACGGACCUAGGAAGGUUUUUCCAACGGCAUUGUCCGUGGGUCAAAGCUGAACUCUUGUUGAUUCAUAGGCCCAUCUUGCAGACAUGUGGCAGCAGCUCCUGCAGAAUGUCAGGUGAGUGUAAAGAGGAGGCAGCAGGCGCUGCUCUUGGGGGAGCUUAUGGGGUGGGAUAAGCUGGACUUGGUAUUUAGCUAGAAGCUAAAUGGCGAGGGACUGGUCUGAAUGCUGGCUGUAGAGUCGUGAAGCCAGGGCAGCCAACCCAGUUCACUGUGCUCUGAAAUUAAGAAGCAAAGGGCAGUUCAAACUCCUUAUUUUUAUUGUGCAGCAAUGAAACUAGAAUAGCUACCAGCCCAGUUAGGUAAUCACAGUCAUGUUUCAGGUAGAUUGGAAUACCUACUUCCUACAUAAACAUACAUAAAAAAGAGGUACAGACAUGGGCAUAGCCAAGAUUUAUGUUAGGGGGCAGGCAUGACACCUGCCUGUCAUCAUUUUCUGUCUGGCUCUGUCAAACAGAUUCUGAAUGAAAUAUCUCAGCAACAGUUGUUUAAAAUUACUUUUUUUUUACCCCAAGUGCUCAGAAAAGUCUGUCAAAAUCUUUCUACAGUUUCUACUUUUAGUUAAGUAUUUUUAUUUAUUCGCUUGAUGUCGGGGGGCAGUUGCCCCCCUGGCUACACCCAUGGGUGGGAACACCCCCCAAUUUAUUCUUUUUAUCCACAAGCGGGUGUUCAUCAGGUUGGUAAACACCAUAUAGCUCUUAAUUUCAAUGCAUAGUUAAGUAGAACUGCUACUUUGUUUUUAAAGCUCCCUUCAAAUAUGUACCAAAGCACAGACUGAAAGGAGCCUAGGACUGUUUGCAGAGGAAGUGCUGGAAAGAUGGACCCCUCCACAAAGCCAUCAAGUUCUGAUCCUGCUUGAGGCAGAUUAGCACCACUAAAGCUGCUUCGUGCUGAAUCAACGCCAUAUUUUACCAGGAUAAGGCCUCUGAGUAGCUAAAUCCUUGUGAGAUUUAAAUAAACAAGGAUCUGACUACUCUGCUUCUAAGGAGCUCGAAAACUUGGAAGAGGGGGGAGUUCCUGGUUUGCAGAAAUCCAGGUGUCCCUUAGUAGCAAAACUGCUCACUAUGUCAUAUGUACCCAAACUGGUGGUUUCAUGGAAAGCUACUUUUUCCUGCCACAAACUCACUACGUGGCCUUCAGUAAAUCAUUGCCUCUCAGUGGAAAACCUCAAUUGCCAAAUGAGGGUAAUAUAGGACAUAAGGAUUGCAAGAAGACUGUGCAAAGCAUUUUGAAUGUUCAGAAAAGCACUGCUUAACUGCUUCUGCUGGUUGCUCUAUUGUGCUCAGCCAGGAAUUGAAAUGCUUUGUGCAUUAAUAAGCUUGAUUUUUGUCACUGCUGUGCAUGGGGCAAAGGGCAGCCCUUCAGAGAGGCUUUGGCAAAAGAGCCAAAGUACAACCCACAAUCACAUGCCAGGUGCCCAGUUUACAUAAGAGAAUGGAACAAAGUUUAGAAAUAAGGAUGGGUUAGCAGGCAGUAUUGGAGAAGGGCAACUAAAAUGAUCAAAGUGAGCUACCUCCUCAAUGAGGAAAGGUUGCAACAUCUGGAGCUUUUAAUUUGGAAUAAAUAUGAUUAAGGGUGGAGGGGAGGGCAGAGGCACAUAAAACUCUGCAUGGUGUAGAACAGGCACGUCCCACAGGUAGAUUGCGACCUACUGGUAGAUCACUGGGCGUCUGUGGUAGAUCACUGGUAGAUCACUGGCUCCCCCCAAAGAAGCUCAACAUUUUUGCCCUGAACCCCAAAAAAGGGGGUAGAUCACUGCCAGUUUUUAACUCUGUGAGUAGAUCACAGUGUCUUGGGAGUUGGCCACCCCUGGUGUAGAGAAAGUAGAUAGGGAGAAGUUUCUAUCCUAAUAUUAAAAUCCAAGGUUAACCAGUGAAGCUGAAUACAGGAAGAUUUGGCACAGGCAAAAUGAAGAACCGUAUUUUUCGCUCUAUAGGACACAGUUUUUCCCCUCCAAAAAUUAAGGGGAAAUGUGUGUGUGUCCUAUGGAGCGAAUGCAGGCUCCUUGGCUUCAGCGAUAGCAACGCGAAGGCUCCAAAACGCAGAGGGAGUGCUCCCUCCACGCUCCGGAGGCUUCGCGUUGCUUUCGCUGAAGCCUGGAGAGCGAGAAGGGGUGUGCACCGACCCCUCUCACUCUCCAGGCUUCAGGAAUAGCCGCCUGAAGCCUCCGGAGCGCAGCGGGAGCUCCUGCUGUGCUCCAGAGGCUUCAGGCUCCUUUUGCUGAAGCCAGGAGAGCAAGACUCUCCUGGCUUCAGCAGACAGGCAGAGGCAGAGCUGUGCAGCGCCCCCUUCAGCCAAGCAGGAGGAGAAAUGGAAGGGGCUCUGUUUCUCCUGCCGCUUCGCUGAAGGGGUGCUGAGCAAAGAGGGGGAGAAUUUUUUUUCUUGUUCUCCCCCUCUAAAAUAAGGUGCGUCCUAUGGUCGGGUGCAUCCUAUAGAGUGAAAAAUACAGUACUUCUGCACUCAGUACAUAGUUAAAAGUGCAAAAUGUGCUGCUGCAGGAUGUUGUGAUGGCCACCAGUUUGGAUGACUUUAAAAGAGGAUUAGACAAGUUUGUGGAGGUAAGGCUAUCAGUGGCUGCUAGCCAGGAUGGUGGUGGACUGCCUCUAAAUGCCAGCUGCUUGAGAACACAAGUGGAGAGCACUCCUGUGCUCAAGUCCUGCCUAUGGGCGUCGCUCAGACAUCCGGUUGGCCACUGCAAGAACCGAAUGCUGGACCAGAGUGGUCUUUGACCUCCUCCAUCAGGGUUCUCCUUGCAUUAUGGUGUAUUUCUGGCCCCUGUAACCCAACUCAGUUUCUCCGUUAGGCUGCAAUUUGAUAUUCACUUACCUGACACAGAGCCCCCUUGAAAAUAAUGAGUCGUACAUAUAGGAUUGCACUGUUGAGGUCCUUUCAGAGUUAACAUUUCUUGCUUAAUACAUAAGCAGUUGCUACUCAUUUGUUGUGAAAGACCAAUAAAUUUUAAAGCAAGACAGUGUUUUGCUUGCCAGGACAUUGCAUUUUUCCAAGGGCAAUAUUUUUGUCACUGGGAAAUGAUGUUCUUCCUCCAGCCAACUCACACAACUGUGAAAUUCCAUAGAGUUAGAGAUAGAUAGGAUAGUGCCUAGCAAGACAUCACAAAUGAUGAACAAGACACUCCCCUACCAUGUCAUUUAAAGAGAUUUUUAAAAAGUAUUUCUUAGUACUCUUGGAUUAUGUGUUCUUCACAAAACGAAAAAUGGCAGAAUACCAACAAAGUUUUCCUAAUUCCUGCAGCAGUGCUCAUUAGGACUAUUUUCUCUUUAAAAACAUGGUUGUGUGUUCACCUUCUACAGCAGGCAUAGGCAAACUUGGCCCUCCCUGUUAGCCAGGGAUGAUGGGAGUUGUAGUCCCAAAACAUCUGGAGGGCUGACUUUGCCUAUGCCUGUUCUACAGCACUUUCUGCCAUUUUGUUUAAAAUUAAUAGUAGUGUAUUUCCCCCCUAGACUUUACAGGAAUGACAGGCUUUCAUACCUCACUGCUUAAGCUAGCUGUAUGAAGCAAAAUGUUAUGCUCAGAUAUGCCUACAUUUGCACAUUCAUAGCUGUAUGCAAAGAAAAUGCACCCAACCUCAUCCUCUAUUAUUCUCAAGGAAUGAAAUUAACCACGUGUUAACUCACAGUUAAAAACAGGUCCAGAUUGACAGUUAUGCCAAGCUUAAAAAAUGGGGACUGAAACUGAGUUCUCCGCUUUGGAAUAUAUUCCCAGACUAUGCCCAUUCUGUUUAUAUGAUUCGGCUCCUUUCAAAUUACCCAGUGUGACAGGAAUUUUAUGGUCUUAGAUAUAUGGUAAUGUUCAUAACCGCACAUACAUGGAUCAGCCAACCUGGAACCAUUUUGAUUCCUAAACUGACCAAAUGUUUUCUCUGCAAGGUCAAAAUGGAAAAGCCUCCCCAUUGUCUUUUCCUUCACAAAUCCUGUCUUAAGGGUAUGUCUGUGUUUGAAUAAGGGUGUGAGCCUGUGACCUGGCCCAGGAACUAUUUAUCACUACAAAAGACUGGCCAGGCUCCACAGGCAAUCCAAUCAAGUAACCUGCCAGACAGGAAAUAAACAAGGAUAAGAGAAAAACAAUAUUGAAAUUUCUGUCUUAGGUUACACCCCUUCUGUGAUGUAUGUAUAAUGGGAAUUUCAAAAGUCUUUAUAAGCCCUUGCACAGCAUUUUUGUGGGUCCUCCUCCUUUCCUGCGAGUGAGGGGAACACCCUAUUGCAACAGAUCAACAGAUCAAUAAAGAUCGAGCUUACUAGCUGCUUUGCUUCUCAAUAUUCUCUGGUUGGCCUCUGUUAUUUUCUCCUACCAAUAGGGAACCUAUGUAAGGACUCUAUAUGGGCUCUUGCAUACCCCAUAAGGGAAAAGGGCAUAUUUUUAUUUACAACACCAGUCUUAAACACAGUAGCUAUUUGGACAUCACAGGAUGACAGUAGUAACAGUUUCCAACUAGUCUAACUUUUAGAAUACCAAUAGUGCCUGGAAACUCUCAGCGCAAAUUACUAUCCUCUGUUUAUCUAAUCAAAAUUACAGGAGGCAUGGGUGAGCAGGAGGGGGGGGGGGAAUGCAAGUCACCCCAAACAAGUAAUUCACCCACUCACCUUACCGCUGGGAUUAUUUGAAUGAAAUGCAUAUUCAGUUAUAAUCUGUAGCCUGAAAAGUACAGUUGAUAACUGGAAAUUAUUAAAACAAGGCUGCAAUCCUAAACAUGUCUACUUGAAAGUUCAUGCAAUCAAAAUCAAUAGGGUUUACUUCUAAAAUAUGUUUGGGAUUGGAGCGUUAAUGUAAAAUAUACUAAUAUUUAUUUUACAGAAACCUAACACAUAGACCAAAUCUUGCCCUAGAAUCCCCUUUGUGUCUCCAUCUACCCCAAUCUUUAUUUCUCGGGCCACUGCUGAUCCCAACAAAGAAUGAAAUUUCAGUUUAUUACCUCUUGCAAGCAUAAAAGAGUGAUUAAAAUGUUUAAAGAACACUUGCAUAUACAACCUUUGAUUAUAUGCUUUUUCAGAACUACUUUUUUGUCCUAUUAAUUUCUACUAAGCUAUGAUUUUAAAUACAGUGGUAUCUCAGGUUACAUACGCUUCAGGUUACAGACUCCACUAACCCAGGAAUAGUACCUCGGGUUAAGAACUUUGCUUCAGGAUGAGAACAGAAAUUGUGCGGCGGCAGUGCAGCAGCAGCAGGAGGCCCCAUUAGCUAAAGUGGUGCUUCAGGUUAAGAACAGUUUCAAGUUAAGAAUGGACCUCCGGAAUGAAUUAAGUACUUAACCUGAGGUACCACUGUACCAAGAAGCAUUUCAGUGAAAACCCACCAUUUGCUUCUAAGGAGACUUGCAAGUACUCCUUCUUUUGCACACAUAGAUUGCUUAUCAGCCUUUGCCUCACAAAAUGUUGGGUGCCUUUCUAGGUCUUAUGACACACCCCAGAAAAACAUGAUUGCAGCUUCUUGUGCGCUCGGAGGUGGAGGCCUCCUAGUAUAUUGGCUUCUGUCUAGGCAGAGGAUGAAGACCCUAGAAAUGGGAGAUGGAUGGUGGGGCUCUGGAGAGAGACCACAUACUGAUGAAGAAGAUAAAGGAAUUAGACCCUUCAAAGUAACGACAUCAGAGGAAGAAAUCCAGGUACUAAUGAGAAGAGGGAAAUGGGGGGGGGGUGUUAUGUGUAAAAUUUAUGGUACAAACGCGUUUACCCUGGCUUUUGACACUUGAGAUGUAUAUUUUCAGGACCCAGCUUAUUUUUGUGAUUGUUUUCAACUGCUUUUAAUAUUGUGUUUUGAAUUUCUAACUGCCCUGUGAGAGCUGGAGAGUGUAUAAGUCUGCCAACUGAGUAGGAUUACACUAAGGAUUGAUCACAUUCCGGUUCUGUAGCUGCCUACCUUCUUUUCAGCCAAUCAUGUUAGUCAUGCUUUUUAGGUCAGAUGAGGGUGCUGGUAAAGCCCAAACUGGCCAGGCCAGUUUUCCUGUGUCAUUGGGAUACUAUGCUAGCCAUCAAGCUUUGUAUCACUGUGACUCUCCAGCUACUAAUUACUUGAACUGCAGGUGAUCCUGAGGUGGCCAUGCCAUGUUAUCUGAUUUUAGAAGGCUGCAGAGGAUUGUGGUUUAGCUGAAGCAGGGGGAGGCGGUCAGGUUUCAUCACCCUAGCAAUUCAAGCAUUACUGUGUUGGAGGAGGGCUGAGAAGACCUCUAUACAUUGCCCUAUACAUUGUUGAACUCCCCACUGGGGUAGAAAUCAUAUAUCAACUAGAUGGAAAGCUCUUUUGACUUGAGUAGGCUGAAAGCAAAGAGUAAGGUUACCAUAACUUCCGUCAUAGAGCUUCAGUAUGCUGAUGACAAUGUAGUAUGUGCACACUCAGAGGAUGACCUCCACUUUUCCUACCUAGGCAGUUAUCUUUCCACAAGGGCAGUUUUCUCCUGAUUGAAGUGCAGAGUGUUUGAGGACCGGGACAUUCGCAGGGAAACCAAAAUGCUUGUUUACAAAGCUAUUGUACUACCAACCUUACUGUGAAACACGGACCACUUAUAAAUGCCAUCUCCAACUCCUCAAAAAAUUCCAUCUACGAUGUCUCUGAAAAUUUUUGCAUAUCACUUGGGAAGACAGGUAAACUAAUGCCAGUGUACUGGAAGAAGCAAAGAUCACUAGUGUUGAAGCAAUGAUUCUUCAACGUCAACUUCAUUGGAGUGGUCAUUAUAAAAAUAAUAAUAAUAAUUUAUUAUUUGUACCCUGCCCAUCUGGCUGGGUUUCCCCAGCCACUCUGGGCAGCUUCCAACAAAGAUUAAAAAUACAUUAAAAUGUUGUUUGGAUGCCUGAGUAUUGUCUUCCAAAGCAACUACUCUAUUCCAAACUUAAAAAUGGAAAGCAUAAUGCUGGUGGCCAACAAAAGAGGUUUAAAGACUAUCUCAAGACAAAUCUAAAAAUCUAAAAAAAUGUAGUAUAAACACUGACAACUGGGAAACACUGACCUGCAAGUGCUCCAAUUGGAGAACAGGCUUUACCAAAGGUGUCAUGGACUUUGAAGAUGCUCAAACUAAGGAUGAAAGGGAGAAAUAUGCUAAGAGGAAGGAAUGUUUGGCAAACCCUCACUGUGAUCAGCUCCUGCCUAGAAUCCCAUGUCCCCACUGUGGAAGGACGUGUGGAUCCAGAAUUGGCCUCCACAGUCACCUACGGACACACUGUUAAGACCAUGUUCAUGGAAGACAAUAUUACACUGCUAUGAGUAAUCGCCAAAGAGAAGAAGAAGAGAGGGAAGACCUCAACUAAUAAAUUGUCACCUGGUAGCUUAUACUGUAUUGGCAAUAUGCUAUCAUUGACAUGUUCACAGCAGCUUCAAAAAUUGCAACAGCCCCUUUUCUGUAAGGGACUUGAAAAUCUUUCAAGAUGUUAAGAUAUGUUUCGAGGGUCACAUUUUCUAAAUAGGAACAAAAUUAAUUAUGCUGUCUAGCAACAGGAAAGCUCUCCUGAGUUUUGACUGUUUCAGAAUCUUUUACCCAGUAUUUGGCAUGCAUUUUAGGACAUGGAACACUCUCUAUACUUCCCAUUCCCCAAUCAUACAAAAGAAAUAAUUCUUCCUAAAUGAAAUGAAAGCCUCUCUCGUCUGUGUUUAAAAAAAACUAUUCUAGUUUGAGGCCUUCAGUCCAAGUCUUUAUCCAGCCAGAAACCCAUACGAACAACACUGUUUUGCGUAAUAUUCCUUAGGGCCAUAUAGAAAGUGCAAUCUUUGUGCACCCCUAAUAUAUAGUGGAAAGCCUUUGAUCCUCUAAGAACUAUUCAUGGAGGUUAGGAUGCCUCACUUUUGAAAGUAUUCUUUAUGGGGACUCUCUCUCUCUCUUCUCUGUAGGAUUUGUACCAGCGUCUCGAUCAGACCCGCUACACACCACCACUGGAAGGGGCUGCCUUCAACUAUGGUUUCAACUCCAACUAUCUGCAGAGAGUGGUCUCCUACUGGAGAACCCAGUUUGACUGGCAAAAACAAGUUAAAAUCCUCAACCAGUACCCACAUUAUAAGACAACCAUUGAAGGUGAAUUCUUUCCCCAUUGAACUACACAUAAAUAUAUACCUGUAAUGGGGUGAAUCCUUUCAAUCCAACCCCAACCCCCCAACCCUAUUUUCCACAGUGAGCUUUCUCUGCUGCAACUAGCACUUUAAAAAACUAGCACUUGUCUGUUGGAUUUCUGGCAGGAAUUGAAGUUCAUUUCAUCCAUGUGAAACCAUCUCACACCCCGAAAGGUCAGAGUGCCAGGCCGUUGCUGAUGGUGCAUGGAUGGCCUGGCUCCUUCUAUGAAUUCUAUAAAAUCAUCCCACUGCUUACGGACCCUGCUGGUCAUGGACUGAGUGGCGAAAAUGUGGUGUUUGAGAUCAUCUGUCCAUCCAUCCCGGGUUAUGCUUUCUCAGAGGCCCCUCACAAACAGGGUAAGAGGCAGAUAAACCAAAAAGGGUCUUCCAGGGCACUGCUUUUAAUUAAAAGCUGUGGUAGAUGUCUUUUAAUGAUACUUUUUCUCCCCACUGACAGGCUUUGAUUCAUUGGCUGCUGCUCGAAUCUUUCACAAGCUAAUGCAGAGACUCGGCUUCCAGGAAUAUUAUCUACAGGGUGGAGACUGGGGUUCCAAGAUCACCACAAACAUAGCCCAGAUGGUGCCACAGUAAGUGGUGGAGGUCCUUCUCUCUAUUACAUGUGGUGGUGUAGUGGUUAAGAGCGGUAGUCACGUAAUCGGGGGAACCGGGUUUGCGUCUCCGCUCCUCCACAUGCAGCUGCUGGGUGACCUUGGGCCAGUCACACUUCUUUGAAGUCUCUCAGCCCCACUCACCUCACAGAGUGUUUGUUGUGGGGGAGGAAGGGAAAGGAGAUUGUUAGCCGCUUUGAGACUCCUGAAGGGGAGUGAAAGGCGGGAUAUCAAAUCCAAACUCUUCUUCUUCUACAUAUUCCUCAUCAUUCAACAUAAAUUAGUGGCUGUGCAUAUCUAUACAUUAUAAAGGUAAAGGUAAAGUGGGUGGUGCUGUAGUAUAAAUCACUGAGCCCCUUGGCCUUGCUGGUCAGAAGGUGGUUCGAAUCCAUGCGACAGGGUGAGCUCCUGUUCUCUGUCCCAGCUCCUGCCAACCAACAGUUCAAAAGCAUGCCAAUGCAAGUAGAUAAAUAGGUACCGCUGCAGCGGGAAGUUAAACUGCAUUUCCGUGCGCCCUGGUUUCCGUCCCAUUGCACCAGAAGCGGUUAAUUCAUGCUGGCCACAUGACCCGGAAAGCUGUCUGUGGACAAACGCUGGCUCCCUCGGCCUGAAAGCGAGAUGAGCACUGCAACCCUAUAGUCACCUUUGACUGUAUUUAACCGUCCAGGGGUCCUUUACUUUUACCUUAAAGGUAAAGGUAAAGGGACCCCUGACCAUUAGGUCCAGUCGUGACCGACUCUGGGGUUGCGGCGCUCGUCUCGCUUUAUUGGCCAAGGGAACCGGCAUACAGCUUCUGGGUCAUGUGGCCAGCAUGACUAAGUCGCUUUUGGCGAACCAGAGCAACACACGGAAACGCUGUUUACCUUCCCGCCGGAGUGGUACCUGUUUAUCUACUUGCACUUUGACGUGAUUUCGAACUGCUAGGUUGGCAGGAGCAGGGACCGAGCAACGGGAGCUCAUCCCUUCGCGGGGAUUUGAACCGCCAACCUUCUGAUUGGCAAGUCCUAGGCUCUGUGAUUUAACCCACAGUGCCACCCGCAUCCCGUAUUUUACCUUCAUUUACGUUAUAAAGCAGGGGGUUAUCUAGGCAUAAUCUUUCUUCAUGCAACUUGGUUGCAGGGGUAGCAAGGGUUGUUGUUUGCAAGGAUGGAUGUCGGAGAAUAUAAUGAGCAUUUGUUGUCAAAGUAAGACUCAUGGAAGUAAUUGAGAACAGAAACAUAGGUUUUGGAUUACAUCUGCAUGAGGAAUCAAUUUCUGCCCUGAAGAAAAUCCAGAUUUUGCUCCUAAGUGAACUUAUGGCAAGCAACUGAGAAAUGCCAGCUUGCACAAGAACCACUAUUAAAAGCAGUAUUAAAUAACAGCAAUAUAUCCCUGCCUGUGUAUACAAGGGAUGAUUAUAUCUCUUCCCUGGAUGUCACUUCUCCCAAGUAUUUUCUCAUUGUUCUUCCAUAUUUGCUGGUUCUGACUCUAAUGCUAGCCAAAGCACAUUUACUAGAAAGUUCAGGAAAACUCUCCAUGCCUUCUUUUCAGAUCUGUAAAAGGGCUUCAUCUGAACAUGGUUUUCACCAGUAACAUUAGCUUGGUUGGUUUACUACUGGGAGCCUACGUACCAUGGCUGGUGGGCCUCACCAGGGAAGACGCACGUCGUUUAUUCCCAUACUUUGAGAAGCACGUGUAUGAAAUUUUGCGAGAAUCUGGUUACUUACACAUCCAGGCCACCAAGCCUGACACAGCAGGUUUGUUGAUCAUCCUGUGUUUUGUGAUGCCCCCACUGAAAAAGAGGCAUUUUAGUCUCCCCAAUACAGAAUGAAAUUAUACUAGCUAAGGCACAUAGGAAUAACUGCAAUAAAUUAUAGAGAUUUGGAUUAAUCAGGCUUCAUUAAUUAUAACUUUCUAUUGCAAAAGGGACUGCAAAGAGACUGAAGGAUGCCAACAAUUGCAGAAGCAAAUGAGAAAGGGCAAAGUAAUACAGUAGGAUUACAAUUUAUGUGCAUUUAACCUGCAUGAUCACAGCUGUACGUGCUUGGUAGCCGGCCAGCUGAUAUUGCACAAAUUAAACACACACAAGGCAGAGAGCUCAAAAGCUCUUUCCAUGCCAGGUUUUCCCAGCACAAAAAUAGCUUUUAAGCUCUCUGUCUUGCUUACCGGGCUCUGGGAAGGUCUCACACUUGCUUUGGCAGGUAAAAUUCCAAGGUGUUGUUUCGGCUAUACGUGAUUUCAUAUUUAUGCCCCUCCCCGGAAUGUAACACCUACACGAGACUACUGUACACACACACACAGAUCUCUGUCCCCCACUUUUACAGACAGCAAAAAUAACUCUGCAAGUAAACGAGAUUCACACAAUAAGCUCCCCUGGUAAUGGGCUUACAUGGAGGGAGGAGAGCAAACUGCCAAGGUACCAUAGGUGAAAGUCAGCAGCAACCCCUGUGCUCACACUGGCCACUUUUCUAGCCAAAUGCUUUUUUUCUCCAGCCAGGUUAACUAGAUCCUUGGAAGAACCAGGCCCUUUCAGUUAAGACAUCCAGAAUGAUGUGGCAUUAAGUUGGUUGCAAUCCAAAGCCCUAGUUCUCACUUUGAUCUCUGAGCAAGUCCCAUGCAGGGCCCAGUUCCUAGCCAGAGGUGGUGCAAGUGUCUGAUGUAAACGGUAAUAUGCCGUUUCCCUGAUCUAGGCUGUGGAUUGAAUGAUUCUCCUGUGGGACUUGCUGCAUACAUCCUGGAGAAAUUUUCCACCUGGACAGACAAAUCAUUCCGGAACAUGGACAAUGGAGGUCUGGAAAGGUCUGUACCACAAGUGUAAUGGGGUGAGGAUCCUUUUUAGGAAGGGGGAGGGGAGUUCUCAUCUCAAACAGCCAAUAAAAUUGGUGUUGUUUUUUUUUAACCUAUUACUGCUUUUCUCAGUAUACUCUUAACACACCCCAAAGGUAGCAUGUUAUUAGCUCACUUUCUAUUUUGUAUUAGUAGACCAAAUUGCAGUCAAGUACCAAAGGUAUGAUGGUAAAACUAUGAUAAUGCUUUAAACUCCUCUGUUUAGGAAAUACUCUCUUGAUGACCUUUUGACCAAUAUAAUGAUUUACUGGGUCACUUCCUCCAUUGUACCAUCAAUGCGCUUUUACAAGGAGAAUCUUUCCCAGAUGCCCCAGAAUGCUCCUGACAGCAGGUAAGAGGUACCAGAAGCUGUUUUAAGAGAAGUCAUUGCACUGCAAAGAUGCUGUGCUUUCUGUCUUAAGGCAUUUUUAUAGCUGUUAUGGUGGUAGUAGCAAUAGCUGGUUACAUAACAGAAGCACAAUAUUCCUGUUUCAUCACAUCCAGAAGUAUUUUCUCCAAAACAACAAAUUUGUUUUUGAAAGCAAGUUUUGAAAUCUUACAUGCUUUGAUUCAAAGGAAAUAAACAAAGCCCCAACUAGCAUUAUGGAAUUCUUUGGCCAUGCCUAAAGAUCAGGUAAUUGUUCUCCAAGUUUUAAGUUGAUUCACUGAGAAGAAAGUCCAUGAUGGCUUCUUUCCCAAUUACCAAAACUAUCACAGGGUCCAUUGUUGCUAUAAAGCUGGAAUGAAAGCUUCAAACCCAACUCUCUUGCAACCCAUCUGCAAGAAGAGAACCAUUUAGCCCUCAUGGUUGCCAAUAUAUUAUUAGUUGUUGUUGUUUAGUCGUGUCCGACUCUUCGUGACCCCGUGGACCAGAGCACGCCAGGCACUCCUGUCUUCCACUGCCUCCCGCAGUUUGUUCAGACUCAUGUUUGUGGCUUCGAGAACACUGUCCAACCAUCUCGUCCUCUGUCGUCCCCUUCUCCUUGUGCCCUCAAUCUUUCCCAACAUCAGGGUCUUUUCCAGGGAGUCUUCUCUUCUUAUGAGGUGGCCAAAGUAUUGAAGCCUCAGCUUCAGGAUCUGUCCUUCCAGUGAGCACUCAGGGCUGAUUUCCUUAAGAAUGGAUACGUUUGACCUUCUUGCAGUCUAUGGGACUCUCAAGAGUCUCCUCCAGCACCAUAAUUCAAGAGCAUCAAUUCUUCGGCGAUUAGUAUUCACUAGUAAAGUUAUAUUAUUUCUCCUAUAAGAGCUCAGGGCAGCUUACAAUUAAAACAUUUGAGUGCAUCUCUAGAUACAACUCCCGUAAUGCAGCAGACAAGACACUAUUGGAAUCCAGUUCACAUUUAUGCCCCCAAAGUCUGAGCCUUCAGUGCACUCCUGAAAAUUAUCCACUUUGGUGACAGACAUUCUGAAAUGGGGUACCACCAAGGAGAAGGCCCUAUCUCUUAUCAUUACACAGCAAAGGGACCUUGAGCAUGGCCUCCCUCAAAGAUCUCAUAGCAGGAUUCAACAGGUACUUAAACCCCAUACCAUAUAGACCACAUUGUGGAACGCUUCCACAUCCAGUUAUGUGGUUAUUAGAACAAGAGUUAUAAAGGCAGGUUGUCCCAGUCCAGGAACGGCUAUAACUAGCGAACCAGCCAUAGUUUAGUUUGCAUACAUGGUAAAAAAUUGAAGACAAAGGAUACAAUAUGUAUUAAUGGGUGAGCUAUGGAAGAGCAUGUGAGGUUUACCAAGAUAAAGUGUUUUGCAGUUCCUAUGUUAUCUAGUAAGCUCUUGAGAAGUUAUGGUAUCUUCUGCUACAGGGUUGAAGUCUAUGUUCCUACUGGUAUUGCUGCCUUCCCUGGUGAACUUACUCAUAUCCCACGUUCCUGGGCAAAGAAGUUGUUUAAGAACAUUGUCACCUAUUCCUACAUGCCACGGGGCGGACAUUUUGCUGCCUUCGAGGAACCGGCACUUUUAGCUCAAGACUUCAGGCAGUUUGUGAAGAAGGUGGAACACCUGUAAGUUAAUAUUAAAUGGCACAAGCAUUGCAGAGAGCUCUAUGAACCAAAAGUUGGAAGCUUUCCAACAACUAAACAGUACUUAAAGCAUGUAUUUACUCCUUAGGUUUUGGGUAGGCAAGUAUUUUUCUAUGAGGCUAGCUGUGGAAGCCAUACAAAGUAGUGUGAAAAAAGGGAAAAGACACUGUUUACAUUAAAGCAACUUGUUUUUAAAGCCAAAGUAGUAGCGUUCUUGUCUUAUUAUGAUUUUACAAGAUUUGUUACAAGACAGAUUCCUUUUACAUUUCAUUUCACCUUCACAAAAAUCAAACAGAAACAUUUCCCAGGGGUGAGGAACCUCCUCAUCUGGCAAGCAGCCUCUCCUCUUUCAGUCCUGCCUCACCCAGGAUUAUGCUUUGUGCAAUUAUGCUUUAGAAAAUAGGCUUUAGCUGCUUCAAUGGAAGCAAACUGCCAUGCAAGGAUGACAAUUUUUGGUAGAAAGUUACCGCUGGGAAGGAGCUCCCCUCUUGUGAAAAACAGCUUGCACUGGUGCCAGUAUAAGCCUAACUGCUGUGCAGGGGGAAAGGUGGCGUGAGAGAGAGAGAGAGGCGAAUGGAAUGAGGGUGUGUAUUAGUGGCUAUGAACCUCACCCACUACUGCCUUGUAGUCCCCCAACAGAUUUUCCUCAAGGAAAUAUGGCAAGUGGGAAGAAACAGUUCCUCAACCUUUUUAACACAGCGUUCUGCAUUGUAAGAUUAUAGUGGAUUACCACUGAGUUUGCAUGUAGGGGCUAUAAAGUUAGGAUUAGGAACACUGUCAAGGGCUGGGCUCCACUAUAUAGGCAGCCUUUUAGAAGGCAAGGCAACUUUCCUCAUAAUCCAUGCUAUUUUCUCUGAAAAAAGUGUUGUUGUUUUAAAAAAAUACAUUCAGUAGCUAUAAUAUUUUGUUCUACAGUAACCGAUGCAGCUUCUUUUGUGCUUCUGUUAUCCUUCAACAGGCAUUUUUUAAAAGCAGGAUGUUUGUUUAGCCUCUCCCAGAACAAUUAGAACACAAUACAAAAAUGUCCCAAAGGUCAAAAAAUCCAUAAUGCUGGAGACUAGAGAAACUCUCCCUUAAAGUUUGCAACUUUUCUGGCCCAGAACAGGCAAGCAGCUUUGUAAAUAAAUAAUAGUUUAAAUGGAGCUCAAGUGCCUUUGGCCCAAGAAGUAACAUCUGUUCUUAGAUCUCCCAUAGGUCUCAACUUUAACCUGAAAACUUCCAAGCAGAACAAAAUCCUUAUUACUCCUGCUUCCCAUCCCAAAAAUCUUUCCUUAGGGAACUGAGGAAAACCUAUUACAUCCAAUUAUCCUUACAUCUGUCAUGAGCUUCUUUUGAUAAAUGUUACUCCCACCUAAACACAUAGGGAUCUAUCCUCAGGAAAGCCACACUUCUUGAACUAACUAACCUCUUCCCUCACUUCAGUGUAAAGCGUUCAGACCCUUCAUAGUGGGUAUGUUCACAUUAAGUAAAAUGUUGCCCAUUGGUUGGAACAAGAUGCUACUUCCUUUAAUGCUUGCCCAACAGUGGUUGUCCCAACCCCCCAGCCCUACCCUGCAAUUUACCUUCAUUGAUGAAGAAAAUCAGUGCCAUGGUACACUGUGGCAAAUGAGUAGAGAACCUGCCUUGUCAUCUGCUUUUACAUCAUCAGUACCAACUUUAUUCCCUGUAGAUGCUUUGGAUAACAGUUCACAUCAUCCUUUACCACUGGGUAUGCAGGCUGAGGCUGAUGGGAGGACACCAGGUAUGGGAAGGCAAAACUAUAGCUUCACUUUGAUCAAAGCAAUUAAAGAUGAGCAAAACAUCUUGUGCAGCUUUAUAGAAGCUGAUAUUACAGCAAAGAUUGUACUUCAGAGCCUUUUCCAAAAAGAUCACAUUAACAAUGUUAGCUUCUAGUUUUGACUAACGGAGACAAACACAGGAGGAGGCUUAAUCAGAGUACUCAUGUACGCAAACUGUUAGGAAAGCAAAAUGAACUUUUCAAUAUGAGAGAUAACAUUUGUACCCUACUCUUCAGCCAAAAAGGCUUCCAUUAUUUUACAUUCCACAAUUUAGAAAGUGUUUUCACCCCAAUUUGUAAUUUUUCAGACAAAUCAUUGUUCACAAGCAGCCUUCCCUAGUGCCCCCCACGUGCCCUGUAACUCUCAGGACCUGAAGCCAGCAUUAUCAAUGGUCAGGGAUGGUGGGAGUUGUAGUUCAAAGCACCUGCGUAGCACCAGAUAAAUAUUUCUAAACCAACUUUUCCCACUCUAAUAAUCCUCUGGGGAUGCAAACUUUAAAAGUGAUUAGGCCUCCAGUGUUGAGGGGAUUUGUGCUGCUCUUAAUUAUGGCCACAACCCUUACAAUAGCUCCUUAGACAGUAACAUUUAUUACUCAGGAAAAAGCAGAAAGUUAUAUGGCUUUUACCAGAUUCUUGACCAAUCACAGAAACCAAAGCAAUGCAUGAACAUUGUAGUUAUCUACCUGUAAACAUUGUUCAUAAUAUAUUAUGCAGGAAGUUCCCCCGCUGGUAUAACUAUUUCAAGUAUCAUGUAAUAGGUUUCGUAGGCCUUAAAGCAAUCUCUUUUCCCUUUUGAAUCAAUUCCCCAAAGGCCCUUCCUAUAUUCCUGGGUGGAUCUGCUUCUAAGCUCCAUCAUUUUGAAAGGAAGUUAACUCUGGAGAAUAUGAUAGUGCUCAUCUGCUCAUCACAGAUUUCUAAAGGGUCUGGCAAAAAGGUUCAAAUUAGGGGAACUUGUGGCUGCAGCUGAUCAGAUUUAUUACAAAGCAAUACGGAGACAGGAAGUUAAGCAUUCUCUCUUAAAAACGUUGUCAAGAGUAACGAAAGCCCUUCACUGUCACUGGAGCUUGAAACCAUAUGUAAUCAUCCAAGUUAAAGUUCAUCUCCUGAUUGGCAGAAAGGGCUGUAUUCUUGCUGUGACUGCACGAUAAGCUGACCGUCAACUUCCUCCCUCGGGCUGGGACUUUGUAGUUUAGUUUCGGUCUGAACCAGUUAACGCCACAGUUGCGGUGCCCUUGAACCAUAACAACAACACCCAUAGUGGGAACGGCUUGAAGCUCGCUGAAUACAUCUGCCAGGAAGAGCGAACGGAAAAGCUUGCGAAUGCAGGCUCCUGUCUGCAGACUCUCAUCAGCACUGCUCAUGGAGAUACCUUGCAGAUUGAUCUCAUAGAGUUCUUUGGGACUGACAGCAGUGCCCCCAAGCAGAAUAAGAACUCGUGGGACCAAUGUCAAACUGAACAUGUUUUCUAAGUGCUGAAACAUUCCUUCAAGUUCACUCAGUACUUGCUGACACCUCUUGUUGUUGCUGUCUUGAUCUUUUGGAUUGAUUUUUUUAACCACAUCUUCAUCCUGUGAGAUUAAGGUAGUUGAAAAGAUGUCAAUAUUUUAGGGGGAAAGAUGACAAUAUUUAAUCUCGAAUAUAGUUAUUUCACACAUUAUCUCAAAGUCCAGGCAUAUAAUUGAUAACAUAUAGAACAAACCAGAAAGUGUCAUAAUCAUAACAAACCAAAAUCACUACUUAAAUUAAAUAAGCCAGUUACUAAUAAGGUGGUUUGUCUUCAGUGACCACUUUUCUCUUAACUGCUGCACAGCACCAAUUAAAUUAUGGAAAUUCAUUCCCCCAAUAAAUACAAAGACUUAUUAUUUCUGUAGUGCCAUUUCACCCAAAGUUUCUCUCACACCAUAAAAUCUGCAUCGGAAUAUGAUCAGGUUUGCGAACAGUAUGUCUGUCCUUCGGAAGGUGUCAAAACAAGUAUAAAAGCAGGUGUUCCCAGUUUCAUACUAAACCAACAAACAUACAACAGGCAAGUUCCAUAGAAGAUGCAGCCUUGGCUAGGAAGAUAUAAUGCAGGAGUUCAAAACGCUGCUUUAGAAAAUUAGAAAAUGUGAGGUUUUGUCUGCUUAGUAUGUUUCAUACAAUGAAUAAUAUCCCUAUUAAUGCAAGAGCCAUUCCAAGUUCAGUCGUCGUAUUAAAGGAGCUCUGGUAGGGGGCCAAAAGUACAAAUCUGAAGAACGACUGCCAGUCAAUCAGAUCUCUAAGCUCUGGAAGAUGCCAAAAAGGUGUAGCUGGUGAGUACCUUAACGUACGAAGCUAGCCAGGGGUUAGCCAUAUUGUAAGUCAUUUCUAUAAUAGCUAAAUUUGCUGUUAUUAAUAUUAGCAGAUUAGGGACAACUAUUAGAAUACUACAACUACCUAUAUGCUAGGAAGUAUCAUGUGUGCAUAGUAAGCUCAUGGCCAUUAAUUAUAAGCAGUGAAUCUUUAUUUUAGGAUUUAUCUCUUUGCCAGGAGCUAGUCAUAAUGGUGUAUUAUACCAUGUUCACUACAGACCAGCUCACCACAUCAUUUGUUAUUAUUUUAUUUAUGAAUCUCUUCCCGUGAGUCAUCUAUCUAGAUGUGAUUUACAAUGAAGUAACGUAUAUAAAACUGUUGCAUAUAUAAAAAGUUUAAAAGCAACUUUUAAACUUUUUUUAUAUUUAUAGUUUUUUAAACAGCAACACAUAUAUAUAUAUAUAACAUCAAUUCAGGUCCUGGGUAGAUACCAACUGGGAUAAAGAUUUUAGAGGACUUGUUAAAAGAAGAACUUCUUAAGCAGGCACUGAUACACCAAUGGAGAAAGCUGCUGCCUGAUAUGCAGUGGGAGGGAGUUUCAAAGGGCAGAUGCUGCCACACUGAAGACACCAUUCCAACAUGGUGUGUCACAGACCACCUGGUAGAAUGGUACCUGUAGGAUGCACACUCCAAUAACAGCACCUUGGAGCAAGCUCUGUAGCCAUUUGGCAGCCAGUGGAAUUCCUUCAGCAGAGGCAUAAUACAAUGGUCAUAUUCUGCUGUUCUGCCCUAAUAAGUAGUCCAACUGCCACGUUUUGCACUUGCUGCAGCUUCUGGAUCAGCCUCAAGGGCAGCCCCACUUAGUGCACUGCAGUAAACCAAGCUGGAGUUACCAGUGUAUGAUUAACUGGUCAGGCUAACCUGAUGCAGGAAGUGCCACAGCUGUCUUACCAAUUGAAGCUGAUAAAAGGCUGCCCUAGCCACUGAGGUUACCUGGACCACUAGUAGCAGAAGUGGGUCCAGGAGUACCUCCAGAUUGUGAACCUGCUUCUUCAGGGGGAUUAUAACUCUAGCCACAGCAGACAAUUGACACCAUGGUAAUGAUUCCAAAGUGGUAAAGGCACAUUAUCAAAGUUUAUAAUAACGAAACAGUAGAAUCAUAGAAUUGGAAGGGACCACGAGAGUCAUCUGCUCCAACCCCCUGCAAUGCAAGAAUCUUUUGCCCAACGUGGGGCUGGAACGCACAACCCCAUGCUCUACCAACUGAGUUAUUCCCUCCUUCCAGUAAUACUGCAUUUUCCAGCACAUGAUUGUUGCAGGUACAUAUGCCAAGAAGUAGGAACUGUUUGUGGGUCCCUGUGAUGUACACAGCAACAGUAGCACCCAUUACUUCAGAACUCCUGAUUAAUCCAGUCCUAAGAACAAUUAUUAUUAGUAAUUAAAGCUAUAUGAUUUAACCUUCAAAAUUAAAUGAAGAAUCCAACCACGUGCGUCCAUCCCCCAUAUAAUCAGUGAGGUAGGCUACUCCACCCUACAGAACCUCAAAGCAUAAGUAAAUUUUCACCCAAUGCAUCAGAGUUAGCCUGUGAUGAUCUUAGUCACCCUGUUAGACUCAUAAUUGGGAGUUUAAUGGGGUCUGAUUGCUCCCAUUUUUAAAAUCCCUUUUAAAAUGCACAAGUUGUUAUCACCAUGCAGAGGCUGCCCCCAAAUACUUGCCAUAACCAUAUGAAACCACCGAAGAUAAACUGCAGCUGAAUCUAGAGCGACCUCCAGAACACAGGAAAUACUUUUAACCAAGUCUAAACCACCCAGAGGUAAAGCAAAGAUCCCAAUUUGUAUUUGUGGUUGCAAGCAUGAGGAAAAGGAAGUUGAAUACAUCCGCACUUGUGGCUUAAUAGCCUACCCCCCAUCAAAAAACCCACAUUCUUUCGUCUCUGAAAACAUGUGGAAAACCGCGCGAGAGAGAGACCUUUUUUGCCACACAAGUGAACAUCCUGGAGCCAGUGUCUGUUUGAUGCUCCUAAAGCGAAAGCGAAAAACUCAGCCAGCGCUUCCCCGGGUGCACAGCGUGUAUUGCGAGGAUGCGAUCCCGUGUAUGCGCGAACAGCCUCAACUCACCUGGCCGGGGGAUUUCGGAAGCUGCCUCCGGGAGAAGCAGGCGAGCUGCUCGUAAGGCAAAGGCAGCUGCUGCCUCUGGUACAAGACGUGCUUCAUGAACUCGGAGGUGAAACGGAAGCAGCCCUCGCGGGUCACGAAGCCGGGGAAAACCACAGACACCGAGGAGGCGGCGCCGGGAACCGAAGCCACGGGCGGCGCCGGCGCCACAGUCACGGCAACGGCGGGAGCGUCGCGCAGUUCCAAGCCGGAGUCGGCGACGCGAGGCAGGUCGGCUGCGCAGAAAGAGAGAGAAGGCGGAGCGGCCUCAUCACUCGGCCGCGGUGAUGCCGAAGGCCCAGAGACCCGCAAGGGAAGGGAAGGGGCCGCCGUCGAAGACCCAAAGCCCGGCCUUACCUUCUCGUUGCGUCGCUCCGGGCGCGGCCAUUUUCUGCUCUUCGACGUCGCUCUGGUUUGAAUGGCCGCCCUCCCGGAGCAUCAUGGGAACUUUUUAGGGACGUCAGUGGGCGGGGAAGGAGGUCGUGGCGCCAGUAGGCGCGCCGCUCUUCAACCCAAAGGAAAGGUCGCCUUUUAACUCAAGGCUGGCCCGAGACGUUUUACUGUUUGAGGGGAAUGCCGCUUCCUUCCCCCAUUCAAACCAAGUCAAGUUAUAUAUAUUAUCAAAAUAUGUUGCACCAGAGACAGAAAAUCAAUAAACUCUGUUU